AUGGACAAUCACCCACCCGAAGCCACGGGGCCGAUUCCCCCACCGGCCUCAGACCGGCGUACUUCGAUGCAAUCCACAAAAUCGGACGUCAUCUCACCGGCCUCGCCCGAGUUACGCGACCUGGAGAAGGCAGCUACGGGCCCCAAAAAGCCCAACGAGCUGCACAAGUCACUAUCCAACGUCCUGUCCCGGGCGGCGUCGCACCUGACGACCCGCUCGCUCCCGGAGCCGCCUCCCCCACCAGACGGCGGCCUCCGGGCCUGGUCGCAGGUCGCCUGCGCAUGGCUCGUCAUCUUUGUGACGUGGGGCCAGGUCAACGCCUUUGGCGCCUUCCAGACCUACUACACGGACGCGCUGGCGCCGCUGUCGCCGUCGGUAGUGUCGUGGAUCGGCGCCGUGCAGGUCUGGCUGACGUUCUUCGUCGGGGCCUUCUCGGGCCGCCUGCUGGACGCGGGCUUCUUCCGCCCCACGGUGAUUGUGGGCGCCGUCGUGCAGCUGCUGGGCCUGUUCCUGGUCAGCUCGUCGACGCGGUUCUGGCAGCUGAUGCUCACGCAGGGCCUGCUGGUCGGCGUCGGGAGCGGCAUCGUCUUCACGCCGAGCAUGGGCCUCAUCUCGACGUAUUUCGUCAAGCGCCGCGCCGUGGCGGUCGGGCUGGCCACGUCGGGGAACGCGGUGGGCGGUCUGCUGUAUCCGCUCAUCGUGCGCCAGCUGCUCCCGGCUGUGGGGUUCGCGUGGACGGUCAGGGUGGUGGCUUUUGUCAACCUGGUGUGUCUCGGCAUCGCGGUGCUGUUCAUGCGGCCUAGGCUGCCGCCGCGCAAGAGCGGGCCGUUGAUAGACUUUGAUGCCUUCAAGGACCCGGUCUACGUCGGGAUCGUGACUGGGCUGUUUUUCGUCAUGUGGGGGACGUAUUAUACCAUGUACUAUAUCGCAUCCUAUGGAACACAAGCCCUUGGACUCCCUUACUCGACCGCCGCCAUCACCGUCAUCGUGGUCAACGCAGCCGGCCUACUGCCCCGCAUCAUCAUCCCCUUCGUCGCGACCCGGUACGGCGCCAUCAACAUCGCGGUGCCCGUGACGGCCGUCUUCGCCAUCGUGGCCUUCACCUGGCUGGCGGUGCGGUCGGAGCCGGGAUACUACGCGUUCGCGGCGGCCUACGGCAUAUCCAACGGCGCCUUCCACUGCCUCAUGCCGACCGUCAUCGCCAGCAUCACCCCGCGGCUCGACAUGGUCGGCACGAGGCUGGGUAUGGCGUUUAGCAUCAUUGGGUUCGCGGCGCUGACGGGCCCGCCGAUCGGAGGUGCGCUGCAGGGCGCCAUGGGUGGGAGCUUUGUGGGGGCGAGCAUCUGGGCGGCCGUGUCGAUGGUGAUGUGUUUGGCUUUUAUCACUUUUGCGAGAUGGAGACUGGCUGGGCUUGAUUGGGGGGUAAAAAUAUAG